UUUUACAGCGAUAUAACACGCGAGCAUGUGUUUUUCGUGUCGAGAGCGUAUGUAUAAUAAACGUCUCCUUCCUUCGUGGAUUUAUCUGCUCGGUAUCACCGUCUGAAUCAUAGUUUUUGUUGUGUUCCGGGUGUCUGGCCACAGCCUCUGACGUAUGUGUCUUUACCUUUUAAUGUUUCGUCCGUGAUUCGAGACCAGGAAGCUACAUCUACAGACUAGCUGUUACCUUACGCGAUGAAAGCACAAAAGAACUGGAAAACAUAACAUAAAUUGUUAGGAUUUUAUCAUAAAGGACGUAUUUAAAGAGCCGACAAACCGGAUUUAAAGAUCAACAUCGCCGUUAUUCACACCGGAUACUGUUAAGACUGCUAGCUUGCUCGCGAUUUAGCCAUCUGGCAGGAUUGUCGCUUGCUAACGUUAGCAAUUGGUUACCGUUAGCAAGUUGGCGAUGGCUGUGGCGCAAAGAGGUUGUGUUUUGGCUGGAUUUUUACUCAUACUGCUGCUUGCUGGGUGCAAAGCGAGGAUACACAAGCUAACUCUGAAGAAUGAAACUCGCUCCACUGUUGACCUCAACAACUUCGGUUUCUAUGCUAAUGGUACCCUGGAUGUCAACCUGCUCUCUCUGCGCCUCCCAGAGCAGCGGGUGAACUACACCCUUUACCCAUUUGGUUUCAGCCUCUCCAGGUCACGCGUGAAUGGAGUCUUGUCCUACACAGCGGAGGAAACAGAGACAUGCCCGCUCACUCUCACAAAGUUGACCAACAAUGAGCCUCUCGUUCUUUUUCUCAUUGAUAUCCAGAAGCUCAGUGUCAAUGUGAGAACUAUGGGUGAUCAAGACAACGUCUUGUUUGCAAAGCCAAAGGCUGAAGCGCUUAAAGGUCAGAGGAAAGCAAGGGAUGCCCCUACUCCUGCUGCUAAUAAAUCAACAGCAAUUGGAGCAAAUAAUGCAGAUGACACAGACAAGUCGAAACAGAAGGAAAUGGAAAAGAAGCCUGUGGCUCAGGAGAACGAUGGCCAGGCAGAAAAACAGCCAAAGCCUGCAGCAGCAGCUACGAAAGUGGAGGGAAAGGAAUUCCAGCUCGGGAAGACUCGCCAAUUUACUUUAGCUCUGGACAAAAUUGACAACUCCUACAACUUCAGCUUCCACAUGGUGUUCGGCUUGUUGGCGGAGGGUCUGUACAGCCUCAAGUUUCACUACUGUCAGAACAAGAUGCAUGGACUCAAACUUCCCUACUCCUUCACUGUGGAAGUGACAGAGAAGAAUCCAGGCGGCUACCUGUCUGCAGCAGAAAUACCUCUUUCUCGCCUUUACAUUGGUAUGGCAGGAGUUUUCUUCACCGCCGCCAUGGUCUGGGUUUACAUACUCAUGAAGCACAGGUACAGUGUGUUUAAGAUCCACUGGCUGAUGGCAGCACUGGCCUUCACCAAGUCCACAUCAUUGGUUUUCCAUAGUAUCAACUAUCACUUCAUCAACACUGAGGGGCAUCCUAUUGAAGGCUGGGCUGUCAUGUAUUAUAUCACACACUUGCUCAAGGGGGCACUCCUGUUCAUCACACUGGCACUGAUUGGAACCGGCUGGGCUUUUGUGAAAUACAUCCUGUCUGACAAGGAAAAGAAGAUCUUCAUGAUCGUCAUCCCUCUGCAGGUCCUGGCUAAUGUUGCCUAUAUCAUUAUCGAGUCAACCGAGGAAGGCUCCAGUGAAUAUUAUCUGUGGAAGGAGAUCCUCUUCCUGGUCGACCUCAUCUGCUGUGGAGCCAUCCUUUUCCCUGUGGUUUGGUCUAUCCGUCAUCUACAGGAGGCUUCUAGCACCGAUGGCAAAGCUGCCAUGAAUUUGGAGAAGCUCAAGCUCUUCAGGCAUUAUUAUGUGAUGAUUGUGUGUUACAUCUACUUUACAAGGAUCAUAGCCAUUCUGCUCAAGGUCACUAUGCCUUUCCAGUGGCAGUGGUGCUAUGAGUUUCUGGUGGAGGUUUCUACUCUGAUCUUCUUUGUGUUGACGGGCUACAAGUUCAGACCAGCAUCCAACAACCCUUACCUCCAGCUCCCCCAGGACGAGGAGGACGUAGAGGCGGAUGAAGUCGUGACUGAGUCAGGUGCACUGGAGGGCAUUUCCAAAGUCAAGAAAACGUGUAACGGACGCGAGCGCCAGAAAGAGUCCACCUUGUGAGCAGGAGGCUGUAUCAUUGGGGGGUGAGGACCCACUAAACUUCCCCCGUCCAGCUGGUACAAGGGGGGGUGCACACGGACCAAGGCUCCCCACCCCCAGUGACAGCUUUCCUUUUCAGACUCUUAGAGUGGUUGCAGUGGUCGUGUCCACUGUCUGGCUAUGCAAAAAAAAAAAAAGACUAACUUUGUUGGAUGCUCUCCUUGGAAAACUCCACCCAGAAACUCUGAAGGGAGACGAGCUUUUGCCACAUGGAUGAUGGGUGGAGAUAUGGACAGGAGCUCUGAUGUUCUUCAGUUUUCACCCCCCACCCCUCCUCUCUUUCUCUUUCUCUAUCUCUCUCUUAUUCUCUCUCUCUCUCCAAAGAUAAUUAUCAUUUUAGAGAAAGACUUGCUUUCGGGUGCGUUUAUAUCAGCUAUUUAAUAUGGUACUUCUGCGAGCCUCUUAGUUGUACCUUUUGGUGUGUGAUGUGAGUACACGUGUGUGUGAAUGUGAGACAACACAUGAUUUGGACACAACAGUUUUCUUUCCCUUUGGAGUCUAUGGCCCGUACUCAGGUAAAAGGCUAAUCAGUACAUAUUUAAAAUUUAGGCAACAAUCUGAACUUGUCAUUCCUUCUUUCCACGAUUCAGGGGUUAAGUAAUGUCUCAUUGCUCCUUAUACACCGUCAUCACCACACAGUGCGGUAUAUGUUACUUUUUACCCCCAUAUGUUGGAAUUGUAUAUUGAAAUAUAUGGAAGAGGUUAUAUAUUUCAAUAUAUUUACUUAUUGCAUAUUGAAAUGUUAUAUUUCAGUAUUAUUGGUUAUGUUGGGGAGCUAAGAGUUCCUCCCAGUCCGUCACAUGGACCGCUGCUGUAAUUUAGUGCUUUAGUGGUUGAGGUCAACUCACAUCUCUGUGGAUUUAGCCCAGAUGGUAACAUGUGACGCUCCGAAUAAGUCAAGAGGUUGUCGGAUCAGUGUCUCGCUAACCGGUGCGGUGGUCCUACCUGUUCAAAGACGGCCUUUUUUUUUUUCUAACCCCUUUUGCCACACUGUGCCAAUCUGGGCAGAGAAGUGACCUAACUGAUCAUUUUUUGAAUUUAUCUGCUUUUGGUUUUACCUUCUUGCUCUUGAUGUGAAGCUUAUUUUAUUAAUUAUUGAUGACUUAUUGGUGAAAGAUCAGAAAAACGUGUGCAGCCGGGCAGGUUAGGUGGCCAUUUGUAAAUAAUUUACAGAGACUGUUGAUAUAAAAGGAGACACAUAACACGUCACAAGAACUGCAUAGAGGCUUUGUAGGCAGUGAUUCUGACGGUUUUGACGCAGGUUCAGUUACAAUGAGGUGUUGAUUCCUUUAAUAGACGGACAGGAGGAGGACGUGAGGAAUCAAGGAAAGACUACUGAGGUUUAAUCACAGACACUCCUGUACAGGUAUGACGGAGCUACGCUGUUUACAGACUGUUACCUGGACGUGUACGUGGAGCGUAGGAGAUAACAGUCGGUAAACCAGUGGAGCGGAAAAAAGUUUUGGUGCUUGUUAAACAGGUUUGAUGUCCGUGUGAACUUUCACAAUAAAGCUGGUGUUCUGGAAUGGUCUCAAA